GUUGACUUACAGCUUACCGCUGUGCUGUUGGAAACUUUUGCUGCAUCUGCUGCUGCUGCAGUGGAUGGUGAUGAUGAUGAUUUACAACUUUAGUGGCAUUGCGUGUUGGUAGUCAAGUUGUUUAGUUUAUUGGUUAAUUAUUUUUCUAUUUACAUGCAUAUGUAUGUAUGUAUGUAGUUCCAUGCAAGCAUUUGCUUAGUUGUUGUUGCUGUUGCUCGAGGUUGAAAGUGCAGAGAAAUCAUUUAAUAGAAAGUGAAUGGAAAAUAUUGGCCCACAAGCUAUACAAAUUUGUAUGGAAUUAAGGAAAAAAUAACGGUUACCAACAUGAUAAAUUAUUACUACAGCGUUGAUGAAACAAAAACACUGCACUAAAACGAAGUUUUAACAAAUAAGUGAUUUUAGUAUUACCGAAUGUUCAGCAACAGCCGAAAACAAUUAAAACGAACGCCACUAAAAAUAACCGUUUCAAAUCGCUUCUUAUUUGCAUAGUCGAAGUCAGCGCUCCAACCUGAAUGCUAAAUGUUACCUAUUGUUGUUAAUUACAAAAGGCAAAUAACCCAUCCAUUCACUCGUAAAAUUAAUUACUCAUUCGCAAUAGCGAUGCGCUGAAGCACCGCGAGACAACUUUUCACUGUCUUUCACUUACAUAGCUGCAGCGUGAAGUUUGCCAGCGAGCGGCAAGCGGCAAGCAAAUUUUUUUUAUUCGGUUUAGUAAAAUCUACAACAACGGCUCCCUCGAACGCCUAUGACAUAAUGCGCGAGGACGACAUCGAAAUCGCCAUUAAAGUGGUGAUUGUAGGCAAUGGCGGUGUAGGCAAGUCUUCGAUGAUCCAGCGCUACUGCAAAGGCAUCUUCACCAAGGAUUACAAAAAGACGAUUGGCGUCGAUUUUCUGGAGCGACAAAUCGAAAUCGACGGCGAGGAUGUGCGCAUCAUGUUGUGGGACACUGCCGGCCAGGAAGAGUUUGACGCCAUAACCAAAGCCUAUUAUCGCGGCGCGCAGGCGUGUGUACUAACCUUUAGCACGACAGAUCGCGCAUCUUUCGAGGCGAUCCGAGACUGGAAGCGCAAAGUGGAAAACGAAUGCAAUGAGAUACCAACGGUGAUCGUACAGAAUAAAAUCGAUCUUAUCGAACAAUCGGUAGUGAGCGCAGACGAGGUGGAAACACUGGCGCGUCAAUUAAAUUGUCGACUCAUACGCACCUCCGUUAAGGAAGAUGUGAAUGUGGCAUCCGUUUUCCGAUACUUGGCCACAAAAUGUCAUCAGCUGAUGCUAAAUGAAAGCAGCGAACAGGCGAAUGCGCAUGCAGGUGGCAAUGGUGGUGGUGGUGGUGGUGGUGGCGGCGGCUUGAAUGGCGGUUCCAGCGGUCAUCAGCCUACAAUCAGUGCCUUUAGUCCGACUUUCACGAAAAACAAUAGUGGCACAAUUGUGUUGCGCGCGGCUAAAAAGAGCUCAGCGGCGGCGCGAAAACGCAAAAUUGUGCUGAAGAAGUGCGGCAUAUUGUGAUUUGCGUGACAACAGCCGGCACUGGGCGAAUGGAGGGAAGAUGAGAGGAUUACAUGUGGAUGAGCUGUGGUGCGCACGAACACGAAGAGCUAUGGAGUCGGUAAAGACGAAGAGGGAUAAAAUAUCAGAAUCAGUUACUUGGAUGUUUGUUUGUUGGUUGGUGGGCAAGCCAAUAAAACUGUGCAUGUGAGUUUACAUGGAGGCGCAUGAUUUAUUUAAAAUAUGUACCCGUAUUUAGGUAUACAAACGUAGCAUAUGUAUGCAGACUCGUGAAGCAUAGCAAAAGCGUGCAAGCAGCUGCUAAAGAUGUUGAUUCCACAUCGUUCUUUUUCCUUUUGCGAAUAUUAAUAAUGUAUGCAUUGAGUAAUUGGAGCAUAUUUAACUGUAAAACAUAUUAGACUAAUUAAAAAUGAAUACAAAAUGAAGUUCGACUGAAGAGCGAGUGCGCGCGAGCGCCCGCGCGUCCAAGCAAGUGACCAACUUUAGUGAAAUUAAACAGAGAAAAAAGGAAAUAUUAAUAAAUAAAAAAUAAGCAAUGAACAAAGUGCAGCUCAGUGUGUCCACAUGUAUGGGGGCUGAUGUUUUAGAAAGGCAGCAAAAAAUCGCAAAAGCUGAUCCGCAUGCGCAGCUCUCAUUUACUCUUAAAAAUAAUUGGCUUGACUUGAAAUUGCAUAAACUUUUUGGCAGCAGCCAGUCAGUCUUGCUAGUCCCCUUUAGAAUAUGUACAUAUAUCAUCAUCAUAUCUUCAACAAGAAAAACCAACAUGCGGAAAUGAAUGGCGAACCUCUCGGCGGUCGUUGCUGCAAGCUGGUGGUCUCAACUAUGGAAAUUCGCGUGUGAUGCAGUCGUCUCUCCCACGGUUGCGCGGUUAUUGAACCCGCCAAGCAAGUCCAUAUGCUAAACACUUUUUGACUACUAGACUGAUACACCUACAUUCAUACAUACAUACAUACAUACGGCAUGCAUAAAUAUGUGAAAAAUUACACCUGGAAAAUAAUAAAUAAAAUUAUUAAAAAUAUGUAUGAGUAGUUAGUACACGAUGAUGAAAUUAUUAAUUAUGUAGUUGUAAUUAUGUAUGCACUUUGAAAGUAUUNCUUAUUACUAAAAAAUGUAUCGCCGAUGCCUUUGUAAAACCGCCCAUCGACCAGUUGCAAAACCGCCUGAUAUGCAUACACCUAUAUAAAAGCAUCAGCAUUGUCUAGAUGUCAAAAAUUGCUCAUGCCUAUACAAUUUGUAUGAAGCAUACCAAAAUAACGUGGCGGAAACGAUGGGUGGUCGGAAGAUCCGAUUUUGACAAAGCAUUGGAAAGUGCAAUUCGCUGUAGGAUAUGGCGAAACUGUUUUUUUCGUAAUCCACUGUUGCUGUUUCUACAUUUCACGUAGAGUUGCCGCUUUUGUUUAGGUGUAACACUUUGGCGUUAACGCUAGGUGUCAGAAAACGCUACGCACAACGCUUUUAUUUAGCUAUGGAUGUAAAUCGCACAAAUGAGACUUGGUAAACCUGAACUCCACGCACCGAACUUUAUGCAUUAAAAUCGUAAAAACGUUAUU